AUGGACCGUCCAGAGCCAGGUCUCAUCAAGUGGAGUGCCAAUCCACAGUUGGACAGCUUUGUCCAGGUCAACCUCCAACACCGACAUGUCCAGAUUUACGAGGCAAAUGGCUUUGCGCGCAAUGGUCGGUUCGACUACGUGAGGCGCGUCCGGCAUGACGACUUUCCCCCGCUGACUACCUAUGACUGGUCGCCUUGCGACCCUGGACUAAUUGCAAUUGGUACCGGUGGAGGUGUGGUCAAUCUUUUGCGAGUAGACGAUGGCUCCAACGCCUUUGUGGAGCUGGGCUCCAAGAUGGCCAGAAAUUGUCACGCCGUGGCGUUCAACACAACGGGCUUGUUAGCUGUAGGCCUGGAUCGUGUGCGCAUGGACCAGAGCUUACAUGUCUGGGAUAUUUCGCGUCUGUCGUCAAUAGAACCGCCCAUGCGAGGUUUCCCUACUGAUGCGCUCGAUUACGUUGACACCAUUGCGCAUCUCGAGCCCAGCGUUUCCGUCUCCAGCCUCAAGUUCUUCGAAGACAGCCCACACACACUUGUCGCCGGCAUCAAGUCACAUGGUGUCCGAAUACACGACUUGCGCGACCCAAAUCCGGCUGUCACGUUCCACACGAGAUGCAACAACAAUAUUGCCAUCGACUAUGCCGACCAAAACUACUUUGCCUCAUCAAGCUUAGAUCAUCCUGGCGUGAUGAUUUGGGAUCGACGAGCAAGCAGCCGCCCCCUGGCAUCGGCAGCGUACGUACAGACUGUGGAAGAAGAAGACAUGCCAUGGGGGGCUACUUUGCGUCUCGACCAAGCAAUUGAGACUGAUCACGAUCCGUCAAUUGUUGACGAGCGACAUUCCAUGAUUCGAUCACUCCGCUACUGUCGCAAUCAGCGAGGUCUUCUGGCUAUUCUCUCACGUACAGGUGAACUUCGCGUCCUAAAUACGAAGAAGGAUUCGCCAUCUCCGAACAUAACGACAGAGCAGGGACCAGAGUUGCUGCAUGUGGAAAAGUCACACGAGCUUGACCUAUCAUAUCGCUACAACUCGAGAAAGAAUGAUCGCAUCGUGUCUUUUGACUGGGUCACACUAGGCUCGCCAGAUUUGAAUCCUAGACUACUUGUAUUGCGGACCAGCGGCAAAUUUGAUAUUUUGGAAAUGCCAUCGGCGUCGACAAACCAUGCGUACAAGCUGAUCCCAUGGAAGUCACCGCAUCGCGGUCUAGAGUCAGGCCACAAGUACCAGGAUAUAAUGCAGUUCGACCCCAAACAAGGCAUGGAAGUUCUUGCUGCUACACUUGUAGACCAGGCACUGCAUGAUGUUCCCAUCUUUGGCCCCGACAAAGUUGCCGUCAAAGAGGGCAUCAAUGCAGCGCUCAAAAAGCAGGAGACAAGCUCUGCGGUGGUUGAGCGAGUACACGAUAUUGAUAUGCCUCUUCCAGUAUCAUUCUAUACUUCCAAGACGAUUGCUGGCAAGCUGCGUUCAGUGCGCAGUUUUAUCAAAGACCUGGGAGCCAAGAACCCCGCGACAGCAGGUCGAUCGCGCGUCCCAAAUGAGCUGUCCCUCGCAACCAAUAGCGUGGAAUCAUGCAGGGAGUUUCAUGAGGCGCUUCUUGCUGCGACUGUUAAGACGACUGGCUUGCCUAGCGAGGCGCAGAGUGCAGUUGACCAUGCCAUGCUGUUUCGUGCCAAGGAAAAGUAUCUUUUCGAUCCUACGGUCAAUAGGCAGAUUGUUUCUGACGAUCCUUGGAAGCGAUAUGUUUGGGAUUGGAUAGCUGAUGCUGAAUUGGCCGCCUACGACAGCAGUCUAGUGCUGUCCGGUACCGAUCUCAGCUAUCUCGGAGUUCAUGCCAUAUGGACGAAUGACCUAGGACGCAAUCCAACAACAAGAGUCAGCCCAGGCACGACGAACCUUCCUGACGCACUGCAAUGGGAGCGCUUCAUCGGCCCGUACUGCAAGAAGCGUCGCUUCCCGCGGUUCGACACUGUCUUCACCAAGCGGCCUCAUACGCGGCAGCUGUGCCUCGAGAUCUGCGGCUGGGGGGACCCCGAAUCGAACGACCCUGCGGGCAUUGAUCGCGACCCGUCGCCAGACUACCCGGCGGCAAUACACACCAUGACAGCGGCCCGGUCUCUGUUUCACGGCGACACGCGGCAAGCCGUCGACAUUCUCAAGCGGGCGAGCACUGCGCACCCGGAGCUGCUGUUUGUGUCGCUGGCGCUGCAGCUCAUCGAUCGAGGCGCCGGCGGCAAGCACCUCGCCAAGGAGCAUCUCGACUUUGACGACUCCGUCGCCUCCAAGACAGACCCGUACCUGCGCGCCAUCUCGACCCUCAUCGCCACCGGCGACUGGUCCCUCGUCGCCAACCAGCGCUCCCUGCCCCUGGCCGACCGUGCCUACGUCGCCGUCCGCAACUUCCACGACGACGAGCUCACCCGCUGGCUCGACGACCACGUCGCCCGCGCGAUUGAAGAAGGCGACGUCGAGGGCAUCGUCCUCACCGGCAUCUCGGACCACCUCGUCGACAUCUUUGCCACCUACGUCGAAAAGUUUCACGACUACCAGACGGCCAUCCUCGUGCUCUCGCUCUGCUACCCCAAGUACAUUGACGACUUUCGCUGCCGCGCCUGGCGCAACGCCUAUCGCGCGCUGCUCCAGCGCCACCGCUUCUUUUUCCAGCGCACCAAGUUCGAGGUCGAGUCCACUAAACGCUCCAAGCGUGACGGCUCCAACCCGCUACUCAAGCCGCCCUCACGACAGAUUGCACUGCGCUGCAUAUACUGCGACGCGGAAACGUCCCUCGCCGCCCACCAUCAGCAGCAGCACAAUCACCAUCACCGCGCCAACAGCGGAACGAGCACCGCACCGCCCCCGCCCCCGCCGCCAUCGUCGAGCAUGGAGUCCCGCAACCCGCUCCUCGCGACGAGCAUCAACGCGGGCGUCAGCUGCCCCAACUGUGGACGGCACCUGCCGCGGUGUGUCGUCUGCCUCGAGGUCGUGGGCGUGCCGCGCGCCGACCGCCCCGAGGAACGCGACGAGACGCGCAUGGCGGGGCGGUUCCCGACGUUUUGCAUGCGCUGCGAGCAUGUUCUGCACCUGGACCACGCGCGCAUGUGGUUUGCUAGGCACGUCGAGUGUCCGGUGCCCGAGUGCCGCUGCAAGUGCAACUUUCGCGCGAAUCCAGAGCUCAACUAUCAUUGA